UACUGCUGCUUGUGUCUCCACGGGGAACCGGCCGACAUGGCGACCGCCACAACGCUACUCUCUGCAGCCAGCUGAACCAGGCUCUGCUUUUAUCCAGGCUCGGCCAGCAUUCGACCUCGGAGCCUUUAUUUAAACCCAACAAAACAUCCAGCUCCUUUACGGGGUGGAAACAAGCCGAGGUGGUCGGUGCGCUUUGUACCCAAGGCCAGUGGAGGGAGUGAGGAAGACUAUGGUGGAGCAGGAGCCAACGUCCUCGGCAGGGCAACGGUUGGGUGCCCCGGAGUCACUGGGCAUCAGCACGCUGGAAUCGGGCCAAAAGCCGCCAGCCAUGGGCACCGGCCGACACACAGCCAUAAGGGUGCGAAUGCUGGAUGAUUCCGAGGAGAUAUUCGAUGUCUCUCAGCGAGCAUCAGGCAAGGAUUUGUUUGAGAUGGUGUGUACUCACCUCAAUUUGGUCGAAGGAGAUUACUUCGGUCUGGAGUUCCAAGACCAGCAUAAGAUGACGGUUUGGCUCGACCUUCUAAAACCCAUCAUAAAGCAGAUCAAACGCCCCAAGCACACAGUUCUGCGGUUCGUGGUGAAGUUUUUUCCUCCUGACCAUGCCCAGCUGAUGGAAGAGCUGACCAGGUAUCUUUUUGCACUCCAGAUCAGGCAAGAUCUGGCCAGUGGUCGGCUGACCUGCACCGACAGCAGUGCUGCCAUGCUAGUCUCCCACAUCAUCCAAUCUGAGAUUGGAGAUUUUGAGGAGAUUCAGUGCAGGCAACAUCUCCUCAAUAAUAACUACAUUCCUGACCAGAUGGCCCUCAUGGACAAGAUCAUGGAGUUCCACCGUAAACAUGUUGGUCACACUCCAGCAGAGUCAGACUACCAGUUGCUGGAGGUGGCACGUAGGCUGGAGAUGUACGGCAUCAGACUGCAUCCGGCUAAAGACAGAGAGGGGACCAAACUCAGCCUCAGUGUAGCCCACACAGGAGUGCUAGUAUUUCAGGGUCACACCAAGAUCAAUGCCUUUAACUGGUCUAAAGUGCGCAAGCUCAGCUUCAAGAGGAAGAAGUUCCUUAUCAAACUCAGACCUGACCUCAACCAGAGUGCGUGUCAGGACACUCUGGAAUUUGUUAUGGCGAGUCGGGACUGUUGUAAAAUCUUCUGGAAGAUCUGUGUGGAGUACCAUGCUUUCUUCAGGCUCUUUGAAGAACCCAAGCCCAAACCAAAACCUGUCCUUUUCAGCAGAGGAUCAUCCUUCAGGUUCAGCGGCCGGACUCAGAAGCAAGUGAUAGAUUAUGUAAAAGAGGCUGAGUUUAAAAAACAUCCUUUCUACAGAAAACACAGUAAAGUUCAGUUCAACAGCAGCCUGUCCCCCUUGCCUUCUCCUGCACACUCACAAGUGCCAAAUCAAGCUGAUAGGCGAAGCUGGAAGGAGCCAGCGUUGGUUAGCUCUGAGGAUUCAGCUGCACUAAGGAUUCGUGGAAGCCCCCCUCCAUCGUCUCAGCAGAGUGACGGCGUGUUAUCUGAAGCGUGUGUCAGGCAGCAGAGUGGCGAGCUCAGCACUGCAGAAGCACCAGGUUUGUCCAUGUCUCUGGUGAACGGUCAUCGCCGUGCACAUGACCUGAACGGCAUGAGUUCGAGCCCGGAUGAUCAGCAGCCAUCACCUCUCACGUCCCCGCUCCUGAACGACGCCAGCAUUCUGCGCACAGAUGAUGAAGAGGAGAAUAGGAGAAAGAGAUUUCCGACGGACAAAGCUUACUUCAUUGCCAAAGAGCUGCUCACCACAGAGAGAACUUACCUGAAGGAUCUGGAGCUCAUCACUUUGUCAUUUCAGAGUGUACUGGCUAAAGAGGAGUGUGCUCCAGAUUCUUUAAAGAACCUUUUGAAAUCCAGCUUUGAACCGCUUCACACCUACCACUCUGAAUUCCUUAAAGACCUGGAGCAGAGACUUGCACUGUGGGAAGGCCGCUCAAAUGCCCACAUUAAGGGGGAUUACCAGCGUAUCGGGGACAUCAUGCUGAAAAACACCCAGGGACUGAAGCUGUUGACGGCUCAGCUGCAGAAGCACUCAGAGUGUGUGACCGAACUGGAGACGGCAUGUCGUUCCUCCGGGCGGCUGGAAACUGUGUGUCGAGACUUUGAGCUGCAGAAAGUGUGCUACGUGCCCUUAAAUGUGUUUAUUCUGAGGCCACUGCACAGACUGCUGCAUUAUAAACAGAUCCUGGAGAGACUCUGCAAACACUACCCUGCCACACACUCCGACUUCAGAGACUGCAGAGCUGCACUGGCUGAUGUGACCGAACUGGAGUCUGUGCUCCACUCCAGCAUGCUGAAGACCGACAACUACCAGAGACUGCUGGAGCUGCAGAAGGAUUUGAUUGGGGUGGACAAUCUGGCAACCCCAACGCGCGAGUUCAUCAGACUGGGCUGUCUAAGCAAACUUUCUGGGAAAGGCUUGCAACAACGCAUGUUCUUUUUGUUUAGUGAUGUGCUGCUGUACACAAGUCGGGGGAUUACAGCGUCCAAUCAGUUUAAAAUACACGGCCAGCUUCCUCUUCGUGGAAUGACAAUCAGGGAGAGUGAAGAGGAAUGGGGAGUCCCUCACUGUUUCACACUGGUCACACCGCGAAAGUCAGUGGUGGUAGCAGCAAGUUCUGUAUCAGAGAUGGAGAAAUGGAUGGAGGAUUUAAAGAUGGCCGUAGAUCUAGCUGAAGACUCUAACGGACCAUCAGUAUGCCUGCUGUCCAACAGCAAUGACGUCAAGUCUACAGGGGAGUGGGCCUCGGAGGUCGAGUCAGAGGAUGACAUGGCUGGGUCACGCACAUCAUUGGAACGCCAUGGCAACAGCUCAGCACAUCACCGUGGCAACACCAUGGUUCAUGUUUGCUGGCAUCGCAACACCAGUGUUUCUAUGCUGGACUUUAGCAUAGCGACGGAGGUACCAGGCUCUCCACUGCCUAAUCGCCUCUCUCUCUCCCCCCUCCUGUUGCCAUGUAACCAGCUGUCUGGGAACCUGCUACGGAAAUUUAAAAACAGUAAUGGCUGGCAGAAGCUCUGGGUGGUUUUCACCAACUUCAGCUUGUUCUUCUACAAAACACACCAGGAUGAGUACCCACUAGCCAGUCUGCCACUGCUGGGUUAUUCAGUAACCGUUCCAGCCGAGUCAGAAAACAUCCACAAGGACUAUGUGUUCAAACUCCACUUCAAAUCCCACAUCUAUUAUUUCAGAUCAGAGAGCGAGUACUCCUUUGAGCGGUGGAUGGAGGUGAUUCGCAGUGCCACCAUCUCAUCCAGCAGAAUCCGUUAUCUCAACCGCAAAGAGCCCUAUUGAGCCCGACAGCCUUGGGGAGCAAUCGUGUGUGUGUGUGUGUACAAGUGUAAUCUGAUCUUGAGGAUCAGUUUGUGUUAUCUCUUUAAAACAGAAUCACCUUUUGUGACAUUAACGUUUUUUCUAUCAUAAUUUUACACACCAUAAGACAUUUUUUGAUCAUGUCUGACCGUCUCUUGGAGAGUCCUGGUGCUUUUUUUUAAUGGUGACAUGUCUGCUGCACAUCGUAUUUUUCUGCAUAUCCGCUUUUUUCUGCAUUUUUCCUGCAUUUUUACUGGGCUGUUUUGCCUCUUUUAUAGAAUCUCAUUUUAUAUACUAUUAUUAAUUAUCUAUCUUUGUGCACUCUGUUUGCCAUAGCUGUCACUUGUUAUUUCAUAACGGAGGCCUAUCAAUACCGGUGCCCUGAUUUUUUUUUUUUUUUAAGUACGUUCAUGUAUGUUUUAUUUCUGUGAAAUUGAUCAUUUUUAUUAACAGACCUCUUGGAACCCAUUUGUUUAUGUGCCAUUUCGGAUGUAUUUCAUCUAAAUACAGAUUCAAUUUAUUGAAAAGAGCCUUCGUACAUUAUGUUUUAGAGAGGUUUUUAAAAAAUCUAGGCUUUUAACAUUAUUCAACAAUUUGUUUGGAUGUAAUUUGUUAAAUUGAAGAAUUUAUAAACUAGAAGUUUUCACAAGAAGAGAAAAGGUACAUCGAAACUUAUUGUAUGGAUUUAUUUCAUUAAAUUAGUGUUGAUAAUGACAUUUUCUUAAUUCAGGGUUGUUAAAUCUUGCUGCCAUUUUAGGAAAUAAAAUCAUAUUCUUUAAGCUACAGUAUAGAUAAAAUAGCCAUGCUUCACUUUCAACAAUUAGACACUAUAUUAUAUGAAGAAUGCCAUUGAGGAAGUAAAGCUUUAAAAAGUAGAAUUAUACAUGAUUUUGUAGUUUCAUACAUAUUAUUUACGCUCAGAUGACAAGUCUGCAUAAGAAGGUUUUGAGUUGUGGCUUAUCUGUGAAGAAGAUGGUGGUGGAUGACGACUUUGGCAAGGCAUGUCUAAUAAAUGUCUAUUACUUUACUUUGGACAGAGGAAGAAAUGUUUCAUAUUCCAGAUUAAUAAAAGAGAGAAACAGAGUGUUGUAUGGUUAUGUAAGCAAUAAAAACACUUUUGAACAUCCA